AUGUCUACGCCACUUGAUGAUCCUGGACAGACGCAGACUACCACUACGACUACCACAACCGAGCCAGCCGCGGAACCCGCACCUACUGUACCGCAGAAGCGCAAAGCCGUCGAGGAGGCCGACGCAGUAGCAUCGCUAGAACGAGACCAAUCCGCCGACGAGUACGCUUCCGGAAAAGUGUCGUGUGACGCCUGCGGUGAAUCCGUAGCUUGGCGCCAUCCAGAGACGGGCAAGCUUCAAAUUGAAGUCUGGAAUGAACACAGGCGUGUGUGCACUGGCAACGCUGCUUCGGUAUCUGACGACGCGGACGCCGAAGCGGAUGAGGAUCUCGAUGCUGAAGGGUCACCGGACGUCGGGCUCACUGAGCUGCCCCCUGUGAUUACCCCUGGCGCCCCUGCUAACCCGAGCGAGCCGCCUACAAAGCGCCGCCGCGCGAAACGUACCGAGGACGAACGGAUCGAAUAUCUCCGCGCCGAUCCCUACGUAGCUCAAUUCGAGCCCUAUCGCGUUCUCUGCGGGGCUUGUGACAAAUGGAUCCGUCUUAGGCCUAAUUCAACCUACUGCUCUAUUCCAUGGGAUGCGCAUCGAAAGAGCUGUCUCGCGAAGAAAGGAGUCGGUAUACAACCAAGCCCUCGAGUUGCUGCGCUCGCCAGUGAUCCUACCGUGAAGAAGGUAGAGCUCGAUCGCGUACAGUGCCGAACAUGCGUGAAAUGGGUCCAUGUCGGAACGGAUGAUGGAGCCCCCGCUGCUUGGGCUAAACACCGCGCCGCUUGCGACGCGUCUUCGACUUCACCGUCUAAACCAGGCGUUCCACCACCUACACAGCAACAGCUUGCGCUCACUGGUUCUUCUCCCAGCACCGGAUCUGCCCCAUCCGGUGAUGGCGCUCGCGUAGGCCGCCCGGUGUCAGAGAUCCUGGCUGCGGCCUCUGCAUAUGCGGCCGCACAGGCUCAAGCGGCGCAGGCAGGAAGCGGCGUCGACGCCCCGCGCAAGAAGAAUGCCGAACAGCGCGCGGCGAUUUUACGCGAAGAUCCGCUCAUAGCGCAAGUCGAGCCUCACCGUGUGUAUUGCGCCCUCUGCCAGAAAUGGGUGCAGCUUCGCCAGGAUAGCACGUACUGUGCGAACCCGUGGCAACAACACCGCGCCAAAUGUAUCGUUCGCGCCGAGAAGCGGGUGCGCCGAGUACACUCUGAUCAACCACUCAAUGGUGGUGCUGGCGGGUCAUAUCCAACAACCGCUGGCGGCCAUGCCCUCUCAAGUCCGCAAGUUAUGGGCGAGUCUGAAACGGACGCUCUCAGCGCCAAUGGCUCGGCUAUGGACGUCGACGCUCCCACCCAAACGCCGUUGACCAGGACGCGGUCAGCCAAAGCUGAUCUUGACUCAGCCCCUGGACGUGCUGCAUUCGUACGGUUCUCAAUCGAUCAUCUGUAUGCGACGACGUACGAACUCAGCGAUGAGCUGACGCUCGCGAGUUUACUCGUGUACCUGAACAGCGCCGCGCCGCCAGACAAGUAUGAAGAUUUCGAUACCGUUGAGGUGCUUGAAGCGGUCAAGACUCUGACAAUCGGUGGCAUCCUCGAGCUUCAGGGCGACGUUUUGAAGCCGAUAUCUCGUGACUGA